GGGUGCAGCGAAUCUUCCAGGGACGGAGAAAGAGGCAGCACACCUGACUCCCAUUCAACGAGAAGGAGGAGGUGUGUUUGACAAUGGCAGCAAAAGAUUCUUUGUCAUCUCCUGGCUUGGAUCGGGUAGCUGGUGAGAAGUUCCUGCAGGAAGCCUUCCAAAUCAUGCUUGAAGAAGGAAUUCGAAAAGGGAUGGAUGCUUCUGAAAAGGUGUGUAUUUGGAAGGAACCUGAGGAACUGCUGCAAAUUCUGGACCUAAAUCUAAAAGACAAUGGGGAGCCACAUGAAAGGUUGCUGGAACGCUGUCGGGAUGUUAUCAGAUACAGUGUGAAAACAUGUCAUCCACGCUUCUGCAAUCAGCUAUUUUCUGGCCUUGAUCCCCAUGCUCUGGCUGGACGGAUGAUCACAGAGAUGCUCAACACUAGCCAAUACACUUAUGAGAUUGCACCUGUAUUUGUCUUGAUGGAGGAGGUAGUGCUGAAGAAACUGCGAAAGUUGGUUGGCUGGGAAAAAGGUGACGGAAUCUUCUCCCCUGGAGGGUCCAUCUCCAACAUGUAUGCCAUGAAUGUGGCACGGUAUCACUGUUUCCCAGACUGCAAGCAGAAAGGGCAUUGGGCAAUACCAAAGCUGGCAGUGUUUACAUCAGAAGAGUGCCACUACUCCAUCCAAAAGGGAGCAGCUUUUUUGGGCAUCGGCACUGACAAUGUCUACCUUGUAGCAGCGGAUGAAAAAGGGAAGAUGAUCCCUGCUGAUCUAGAGAAAAAGAUCAACCAGGCCAAAUCAGAGAGAGCGCUCCCCUUCUUUGUCAAUGCCACCUGUGGCACCACAGUCCUGGGAGCGUUUGACCCCCUACCUGAAAUUGCAGAGGUGUGCAAAAGGCACAAACUCUGGUUCCAUGUGGAUGCAGCCUGGGGCGGCAGUGCUCUUCUCUCCCAAAGACAUCGGCAUCUUUUGGAUGGGAUUGAAAGGGCUGAUUCGGUGGCUUGGAACCCUCACAAAAUGCUUAUGACUGGGCUUCAGUGUUCUGCCUUCCUGGUCCAGGAUAACUCUGGACUACUGCAGAGAUGCCACUGUGCCCAAGCUACCUAUCUCUUCCAGACAGACAAGUUCUACGACAUAGCUUAUGACAGGGGAGACCAAACCAUCCAGUGUGGACGCAAAGUAGAUUGCUUUAAGUUGUGGCUGAUGUGGAAGGCCAACGGUAGCAAAGGCUUGGAGCAGAGAGUGGAUAGGGCCUUUGCUUAUACUAGGUAUCUAGCUGAUGAAAUCAAGAAGAGAGAAGGCUUUCAACUAGUUAUAGAGCCAGAGUUCAUCAAUCUCUGUUUUUGGUAUGUACCUCCCAGUCUGAAAGGGCAGGAAGACUGCGCUGAUUACUGGGUGAAACUGGAGAAGGUAGCUCCACUGAUUAAGGAACGGAUGAUGAAGAAAGGUUCCAUGUUGGUGGGCUAUCAGCCACAUGGCAAACGGGUGAACUUUUUCCGCCAGGUGGUCACCAAUCCAGCAGUCACCAGAGAUGACCUGAAUUUCUUCCUUGAUGAAAUUGAGAGGCUUGGCAGAGAUCUAUAGAUUGUGUACAAUACAGAUUGGAACAGUUAUGUGGUUAUGUGGUUCAAAAGCAGGCAUCAAUUACCUUACUUCUAGUCACUGCACACCACUGUUGAAAUGGCUUGAAAGCUACACUCCUCCAACCGUGCAUAGGGACCCAUGAGCAGGUGCCACUGGCAUGGUGUGUAUGUUGCUACGAAACCAUUUUACAGACAAACAUGAUGUGAAGAUGUAACACUAAUGUGUGCGGCCUGCCACCUUCUCCCCCCCCCCCCCGCAAUUGUUAUCUAUUUCUGUAUUUAUGGGUGUUCCAAAAUUAAAGUGAAUGUAUGCUUUUAAUUUCUUCACUGCCAUCUGCAAAAAAUAAGGAAAGCUUAGGACAGGGGUGUUAAACUCAAGGC